AUCCUCAAGGGCAAACCCGAGAAAAAAGGAAAAAAAAAAUCCAAAUCAUGGUAGCCGGUUUUCGCCGCUCCCUCUCUCUCCCAAAGCCAAAACCCACCGCUCCCGAGAAACCAUACCAUGUCCGUUCCACCAGUCUCCCCAACAGAUCUCAUCCGUCCAUCUCCCAACUCAGGGAUCAGCUCCAGAGCCUCAAGUCCUGGGAGACUCAAGCCGACCGUGGUACAUCAGCUUGGCUCUGCGCCGGCUUGAACCAGCUCAAGCACAUGCACGAUUCCCUCGACGACCUCCUCCAGCUCCCUCAAUCCCAGGAAUCCCUCCGCCGUGGGUCCUACUGGGUAGAGCAGCUUCUCGAAGACUCCCUCCGGUUCGUCGACGUGUACGGCAUCAUCCGCGCCGCGCUGGUGAGCCUCAAGGAAGAGCAGCUCGCGGCCCAGGUCGCCAUCCGACGCCGCGACGAUUCCAAGAUCUCUUCAUUCAUCAAAGCCCAGAAGAAGAUCCAAAGAGAAAUGUCUAAGAUCGUAUCGGUCGUCCGAGAUAUCGGAAGAUCGGACGCGACCAUAACGGUUUCGGACGCAGAUGCUGAACUUGUGGUGUUCGUGCGAGAAGUGAAGGCAGCCACGGUGGCAGUAUCGGUUUCGGUUCUUUGCGGAGUAUCGUGGCCGUCGAAGAGUUGGAAGCCAUUGGGAUCUUGGGUGGGGUUGAAACGGAAGGCGAAGAUGGAAGAUUGGAUGGUUCGAGAAUUCGAAGAAGCAGGGGCGGAGAAUCUGGGCCGUUGGAGGGAAGAUGAGAAGAGAGCUUUGAGGAGAUUGGAGGUUUUAGAAGAAUGCAUUGUGGGGAUUGAGAAGGAGAGUGAGAGAGUGUUUAGGAGCUUGAUAAAUGCGAGAGUAUCGCUUCUUAACGUACUCACGCAGUAGAAGAAUAAAUAAAAGAAAAAAGCGGCAUUUGAGAGGUUUUGUUUGUAUAGACGUGAGUUUUGCUGUGUAUAUGGAUCGUGUAAGGAACACCCAUGAAGGGAAAAAAAUAAAAAUAAAAAUCGUUUGAAUCAUUUUCCAUUGA